AUGGAGGAUGAAUGGUCGUCGCCUAUUAUUAUAAAAGAUGAAUAUCUUGUAUCGGCUUUCCCUUACAAUACUUCUUUACAAGAACAUUGCCUUCAGGAAAAUAUGGCAAUAAAUUUUCAAUUUAAUAGUGGUCAUAUUCCUAUUGUUAGUGAUAAUGAUGAUAGUGAUGAUUCGCGACAAACAAGAAAUCAUCUUGAUACUGAUAACGAAUAUCGUAUGAUGAUUGCUGAUAGCUUUGAUUUAUCAGGAAUUAAUUGUCUUGCAACACUUAAUGACGAUAUCGAAAAUUACUAUGUCGCUGGUUUGUCGUUUAUCCAUUCUUAA